AUGUUUCAACACCCUUUACACGUAUUUUUCUUCCUCCACUCACUAUGCCACCAUACACUCGGCUCAUUCAUGAAACACAAAUACAUGGUAGAUGUGGAAAACGGCUAUUUAUGCCCCGACAACAACCAACUUGAAAUCCCAAUGCGAAAAUACCGAAUCGACCGUCUUAAUCGCACCCAUCGUGCCAUCACAGCCGACUUUUCUUUAGCUAGACCCAUCGACCAAAACACAGAAGGUACAGUGAUCUUAGAACGAUGGUCUGAUGGUAACUGGAUCAAUAUGCCGAUUUUUCCCUACCAGAAAGACCCAUGCAGAAAUGUCAUGGACAGUGGUUUCGACGAAUUAGUCAAAAUGGCCGUUGAUUUCGGAAAAGCUCUAGGACUGAAAAAUGUCGAAAAGUGCGACAUUCCGCCCGGAAAUUACACAAUUAACAAUUACGCAAUUGACAUAACUAAUAGUGCCCCAUUUUGGGCCGGAAGAUUCCGAGCCAUGAUGCUACUAAGGGUCAGAGAGACGAAAAAGAAGAUUUUUUGUGUUGGGUCGUUGCUUAAUUUCGUUGAAAUUUGA